AUGUGUCCAAAAUGCUACGAAAAAUCAGAUAUUAAAAUUAUAAGCAUAAAUACCAGCUUUAUAAAAAUCGCGAAUAAAAAGUUGUACAAUUACCUCAACCAGGAGGAAUUCGUGGGGUUCGAUAACGAAGAAAUUCGAAGAUCUAGUAUCGAAUAUAAUAGUUUUAAUGAAUACAAAAGCGUUUUAGAAGAAGAUAUCAAACCAAUUAAAAAGAAAACUGAUGAAAUGUGCUAUAAACGCACACGUUCCAAAUUAAGCACAACUACAAAAGCAAUCACCAAUCUAACACACAAGAGUGCAUAUUUCGAAUAUAAAAAAACCCAACCAGACACUAACGAUAAAAAUAAUAACAUCUCCUCAACCCGUCAAAUCGACUUCAUAUCGACUUUCCUAACCGAUUUCGAAACCGUUUAUCUCCACCAUCGGAACCCAGCGGAUCCUCACCUGAAGUCUCCCCACGACCUCAUCGAGGAGCGCCUGCACGACGACCCCUGGGCCCUCCUGGUGGCCACCAUCUUCCUCAACAAGACCUCCUGCUCGGCGGCCAGGCCCUACGUCUUUUGGUUCCUGGCCGAGAACCCGCACCCGCUCGCCGUGCUGGACAAGUACCCCGCCGAUCUGGAGAAGUACUUCGUCAGUUUGGGUCUGGCCAGGACGCGAGCCGUGCAGGUCUACAGGAUGUCGCACGAUUUCCUGUUCAAGAAGUGGGAGAGCCCGAGGCAGCUCUACGGCAUCGGGGAUUACGGCGAAUGCGCCUACAGGAUGUUCUGUUUGCGGGACUUUAGCGUCGAACCCGAGGACAGGUUCCUGAGGAUUUAUAAGGCUUGGUAUAGGAGGUUUCGCGAAAAUCGAGAUUCUUGA